UUCUUGUUGUUUUUCCUCGAGAGGAAAAUGGAAGAGAAAGAACAGUUAGGAAUUUUGAGGUCAAGAAGUUUGGAAAACGUGGGUUCUUUGAGUCUUGAACCUUUCGCUGUCCAUGAGUCACAGGAAGAAGAAGAAAUUUCAAAAUGUACAGACAACUGUAAGUUCUCUUCCAUGAAGAGAAGCUGCAGCAACCAAGACAUUCGCUUAGAUAUUAAAAGCUGUGAGCUUCCUUUUUGUGAAAUGCCGUCUAGAAGGUUUGGACACCUAAAUUCUUCUCGUAACCUAUUUGCUUGUGGGCUAACGCGCUCGGCAAGUCAGAUAUUACCGUCUGUUUCUAGUAGCCUCUUCAACUGCAGUAACCCCUCAAGGUCAGAUUACAGACAUUUACUAGCCUCUAUGAAGAGACAAGUGGACUUGGACCUUAUCACGUUUGAGCGAAUCUGUGAGGCAACUCGAGACACACUUAAAGAAAAGGAUGAAACGGAGAGGCGAGUGUAUUCAACUCUUAUUCAGAUUUCCUUUUCGAUUAGAAACUUCCCUAUGGUUUCUGUUGAUUUGAUAACUCUAGCACGUUUCUUUAAGGAACGAAUAUCUUGCUUGGAACGUUUGCGCCGUGAAACGACAAAACUGCAAUGGUCACAAAAUAAGUUUAAUAUCUCACCCGUUAUUAAACUUUUAUUUAUAUUAUCUAAGAUUUCACGAGUCGUAGAAGAGGUGGAAUUCGAACUUUCAGAGGUGGAAGAGUACAUGGCUGAGUUAGCUGCUGACUCUAUAUCUGCUUCCGACUUUUCAAUAUCUAAAAACUCACAAUAUCUCAAUAAUGCGUCAGUUUCCCGUUCGAGAUUGAAUUUUCAGGAACAUGUCACCAUUUUAGAAGACGUAUUGGAAGAAAAACCUUGUGCAAAACUUUUGGAGUCAGAAGAAAGAGAAAACAGGUCUUCAUCGGUUGAGAAGAGAUCAGUUGAGGAACUUGAACUCUGCCGUAUUUGUGAACGUUAUUUUUCACUGAAUGUCUUUGAGCGGCAUACGAUUUGUUGCGCGAAAGAAGCAAGAUUUUGGAUGAAGUAUGACGAACUAAAUAAGAAACUAAGAAUGUUUUUAAGUUCUCUUGAUGAGAAAGUCAAGCAGUGCAUCUCUUCAUUUACACAAAGUGAAAAAGAGUUAUUUUUCAAAUUUCUAGCGUAUCUUUCGUCGGUGUGUAUUCUUUUAACCGGCCUUGAAUCGUCAUAUACAAAAUUGGAAAGAACUGUAGUUGUAUCCGAAACACAUCUUGAGUCUUGUGGAAACGAAAUUUUGGAAGUCUAUAAGAAUAUUUAUCGAUUUUUCUUUCCGUGUUUUGACAAAGUGUUGCUAGAUAGAGACUCUUGUAUAAUUGAACAUGGUUUGAGCUUGAAUGCGUCGUUAAAGCAGUCGCUAGAAAAUUUCACUAAUGAUAUGAGGAGUCUGCUUGAAGAAAUUUUGAAUGCUGUGAAGGAAGCUCUCGAUUUGAGGCGCAGUGUCAAGGAAGCACAUGUUGAGCCCGAAUUGGAUUUAGUACAAGACAACUGUUCUUUAGAUAGUUCAGAAUGCGGCUCAUGCACACUGAGCAACUUGACGGAUACCUGUAGUGAAGAUUCUCGUGAGGACUUACUCCCAAAAAGAAUGGCGAAGAGUGAUGAAAGUAUGUAUGUAAACUUGCUGAAAAAAUUAUCUUCAAAGUGCUCAGUGAGUUCAGCAGCAGAAAAUCAAUGCAAUGAGGAAGGAAACAACUGUCGUCUCUGCGAUAAGUCUAUUGGAGACUCGUCAAGUCCUGGCAUCGUUCCUUCAAUCAACGACUUUUAUAUUCUAAAACCAAUAUCGAGAGGUGCUUUUGGAAAGGUAUAUCUGGUGAAGAAAAAGAAAACUGGAGAUAUUUAUGCUUUAAAGGCUAUUAAUAAGUCAGAAAUGAUACGAAAGAAUCUUGUGAACCAAGUUUUAGCUGAACGGGAUAUUCUAGCUGGUGUACAUACAUCAUUUGUCGUCAAAUUCUUUUGGUCUUUUGAAACGACCGAUAAGUUCUUUAUAGUCAUGGAGUAUGUGCCUGGAGGAGAUUUUUAUUCACUUUUACGGAACGUGGGGUAUCUUGAAGAACAUGUAGUCAAGCAGUAUCUUGCCGAAACAGUUUUAGCGUUGGAAGAACUUCACAGUGUGGGUGUUAUUCACAGAGAUUUAAAGCCUGACAAUAUGCUUAUUACAAAGGAAGGUCACUUGAAGCUCACAGACUUUGGUUUGUCCAGGCUGGGUCUUUUAGAAGGAAGCAAUGAUAUAGGAGUUCAGAAUGCGUUUUCAAAUGUUAAUAUUGUUGUAGAAAAUGUUCGAUCGAGUUUUUCUGAUGCGACAGAUAUUCCAAAGUCCAUACAUCCAAUAGGCACUCCAGAUUAUCUUGCUCCUGAAAUUUUACUCGGUACCGGGCAUAGUUUUACUGUGGAUUGGUGGUGCCUGGGAGUAGUUGGAUAUGAACUUCUUGUCGGCUAUCCUCCUUUUCACGACGAUACUCCUUCAAAAAUUUUUGCGAAUAUUUUAAACCAUCGUUUGAUGUGGCCUGAGCUGCCCAUAACUGAUGUUAUGAAAGAUUUCAUAGAAAAAUUGUUGGAUUCUGAUCCUCUUCGUCGACUCGGAGCCAAAGGUUCGGUAGAGGUCAAAGAGCAUCCAGUUUUCUUUGAUAUAGAGUGGGAAAAUAUCCUUCAAAGAGAAUCUUGUUUUAAGCCGCAGUGUUAUUCCGAAGAAGACACAAGCUACUUUGUUUCUCCAAAAUCCUUUUGUUCGUUCCAUCAAAGUGAGCAGACAGGUAGUUUGAUAGAAGCAUCGCAACGACCUAGUCGAAGUUCUGCCGUUUUACAGUCAUUAAUUUCAAAGGAGCGUUUUUCAUAUAUGAAUUCAUUCGUUUCUGAAACACUGACAGACUUUGCUUUUCGUGACUUGGACAAUUUAGAAGCCAUGAAUAUGCAAGUAUUGCGAGAUCGUUUUGCCAGGACGCAUUUGACAGAUUGAUGUAAAUCAAGCGCUGUUUGUUCGCUACUACAAAUGUCACGAUUUGCGAUUGAAGAGGAUGUGACUGAAUUCCAACUGUAUACAGAACUCAAAAUGAAAUAUUAAAUAAUAGAUGCCCAAUAGGAGAAAUGAUCAAAGUGAACCGCUUAAGUCAUUUUCAUUUUUAAUCAUUGUUGUUAUGGAGUCCAUUGACACUAAAGAGGCUUGAUGUCCAUUUGAGCUUCGAUGAAAUUUAUAGUUACUAAUAAAUCAGUUUGUAAUUUAAUCUCCGCUUUACAAACAUUUUUUUCUUUUUAAAACGUUUAUUGUCUUUGUCAACUUUCUUUUGCCAAGCUCAAGUAACAAUUGACAGUGCUAUUCAUUUGGGAAGAUAGAGUGACUAUCGAAAAUAAUCAUACUUAUAAAAUGAUUAUUUUUUAAAAGAAUUGAAGGGACAAAGAAAAAACAAACGACAGUUUUCAACACAAACAAACAAUGAUUUUGAGGAAUGGGCGAAUGAAUGGUCACUGAGAUGG